AUGCUGUGCUGCAUGCCUGGCGUGGCUUUCAUCCCCGCUUUGCUCGUCAGCUGGUCCUCAGCCUCCUUCAUCAUCUCCUAUGUGAUCGCCGUGCUGGCGGGGCACGUCGAGCCCCUCGUCCCCUACAUCAGUGACACUGGAACUAAACCUCCAGAGAGUGGUGUCUUUGGUUUUAUGAUUAAUAUUUCAGCACUUUUAGCUGUAAUUACAAUGUGCAUCAGAUAUUUAUUAAUAGAGAAGCAAAAUGAGUCAUCACAUUUUAUUAGGUCUUCAUGCAACAUACUUUCAUUAUGUAUUGGAUUGGUGGGCUGUGUUGGAAUGGGCAUAGUUGCAACUUUUCAGGAACUGUCUGUUCCCAGUGUCCAUGACAUAGGAGCUUUGGUGGCAUUUGGCUCGGGUGUUGUAUACAUUACACUUCAGUCUGUUAUCUCUUACAAGUCCUGUCCCAAAUGGAACACCUACUUAGUGUGUCACAUAAGGAUGGCCAUAUCUGUAAUAUCAUGCAUUGCUUUCAUUCCCAUGAUUGUGUUUGCAUCACAAAUUUCCAUGACAAAAAUUGAUUGGACUCCAGGAGAAAAGGAUUAUACUUACCAUUUUAUGAGUGCAAUUUGUGAAUGGACAGUAGCCUUUGGUUUUAUCUUCUUCUUUUUAACCUUCAUCAGAGAUUUUCAGAGGCUUUCUUUAAGGAUAUCAACAGAGAUACAUGAAGACUCCUGGUAG